CCCCGCCCCGGCCCCCGGCGGACCCUCCGCGCCGCCCCCCUUGUCCCGUGCUAUGAGCGUUCGGCGUGACUUCUCCUCAAGCAGCUGCAAAUGAAAAUGGAGGAUAUGUCUUUGUCUGGCCUGGAUAACAGCAAACUGGAGGCCAUCGCACACGAGAUCUACACGGAGCUGGUGGAGGAUGCCUGCCUGGGGCUCUGCUUCGAGGUGCACCGGGCUGUCAAGUGCGGGUAUUUUUUCCUGGAUGACACAGACCCCGACAGCAUGAAGGACUUUGAGAUCGUGGACCAGCCGGGCGUGGACAUCUUCGGGCAGGUGUACAACCAGUGGAAGAACAAGGAGUGCGUGUGCCCCAACUGCAGCCGCAGCAUCGCCGCCUCCCGCUUCGCCCCUCACCUGGAGAAGUGCCUGGGCAUGGGCCGCAACAGCAGCCGCAUCGCCAACCGCAGGAUCGCGAGCAGCAACAACCUGAACAAGUCAGAGAGCGACCAGGAGGACAACGAUGACAUCAAUGACAACGACUGGUCCUACGGCUCGGAGAAGAAAGCAAAGAAGAGGAAAUCGGAUAAGAACCCCAACUCGCCCCGCAGGUCCAAGUCCCUGAAACACAAAAAUGGUGAGAUCGGCGGGAACCCCGAUCCCUUCAAGUACAGCAACUCGGCUGGCAUCAACUACGAGACGCUGGGCCCCGAGGAGCUGCGGACGCUGCUCACCACGCAAUGCGGGGUCAUCUCCGAACACACCAAGAAGAUGUGCACCAGGUCGCUGCGGUGUCCCCAGCACACGGAUGAGCAGCGCAGAGCAGUCCGUGUUUACCUCCUCGGGCCCUCGGCGUCCCUGCCCGAGGCCGAGGGCAGCGUGGAGAACGACAGCUUCGAGGUGGCCGAGAGCCAGGCCCUCAUGAGCCGCCUGCAGUGGGACGGCUCCUCCGACAUCUCCCCCUCCGACUCGGCCUCCUCCAAAGCCAGUACAAACAACUCCGAGUCCCGCAAGACCAAGAAGAAGAAGCCCCACUUGGGGCUGGUGAGCAGCGCUCCAGGACUCGGCUCCAGCAAGAAGAAGAAGCCCAAGCCCCCAGCCCCUCACACCCCCAGCAUCUACGACGACAUCAACUGAGCCCCGCGGAGCUGGGGAGGGGCAGGACGGACAGAGGGACGGACAGAGCCCAGGACAGAGCCCAGGACAGCCCCCGGGCCGGACACACCACGGGUACCGGAGCACGGAGGACUCGACCAUCACUGGAGUGGGGCUGGAUUUGGGGAGCCCCCGUUAGUGCCCCCCCUUUUCGUCCCCCCUGCCCCGGUGCCUCUAUUUAUUCUGUGACAGUUUUUGUACUGGGGCUCCCGUCGGGGCGUCUCCCUUGGACAUGGGGGUACAGCCCCCCCCUCUUCCCUCCCAGCACCCCCCCAAAGCCAGCUGUGCCCCCCACACCCGCUCCUCACUUACCCCAUGGGGUGGGGGGCACCUGGACACCCCGGGCAGGUCCUGGCCUGGGUCAGGGGGUCGUGAAUCCCCCCUGCCCUGGGGUUUUUGGGGUGAGCCCUCCACUCUGGGGCUUCCCCAUCUCCCUGCUCCGGGCUGGCACUCGCUGGUCGGGCUGGCUCAGGAGGAGGGGGUCACACUGGAGGGGGCGUUUCCCACUCAGAGGACAAGUGGGGCACCCUCUCUCUCCCCCGAAUCUGUUGGGCUGUGCCUGCAUUCAGCUGUUGGGGGUCUUGGGAGCCUGGCAGUGCCCACAGCGGGGUCACAGGGGGCUGCAUGCUGCAUCCUUCAUGUUUGGGGGUGGG